CUUCUGACCUACAUGCUGUGUGUAUAUCAGUUGCAACAGAGAUUGAAACCAGCAUACUUUAUGGUGAUAAAAUGUAGGAACGACGAUUAAUGCUAAACUUUUGAUAAUUUCAAGAUGCGUUGUCAGAUAACACAACCGAAUUCUAUAGUUUUAGAAGUGGAUGUAGACCCUAAAUCGAACGGACAAGAAGUUCUUGAAAAGGUUUGCCAGCAGCUUGGUAUCGUGGAACAAGAUUACUUUGGACUCCAGUUCCAUGGUGCUAAAGGUGAACUUUUGUGGCUGAACAGCAGGAACCCAGUUUGUAAGCAAGUGAAUGGACCUGUUCCAUACAGGUUCCAGCUCCGGGUCAAGUUUUAUGUUCAACCUCAUAUGCUUCUGCAGGAAGAAUGCAGACACCUGUUCUACCAACAAGUGAUACAAGAGUUGAGGAGUGGGAAACUCCAUGUAAGUGAUGAGGCUCAUUUGGUGCAGAUUGCCUCCCUUUGUGCCCAGGUCGAGUUAGGAGACCAGACAGACAAUCCUAUGUUGCUGCAGCUGUAUGAGAAAAUUCUGGAGGGUUUGACCCCUGACCCCACUAGUGACCUGGUCAGAGAAGUCGCGAUAGGUCAUGAGAAUCUAUUGAGGGUAACCAAAGCACAGGCAGAGUAUCGCAUGCUACAAGAAGCUUCCCUGAUACCAAACUAUGGAACAGAGUACCACGAGGCAAAGUAUAUGUCGGGCAGCACCGUCCAUGUAGGUGUCGGACCAGAGGGCAUUUUCUUAUACGAUCUCAACAAUGAGUUUGAAAAGUUGGAGUAUUCCAUGGUGAUGAAAGCAAUCCAUGAUAGAAAUAAGGUUAUCCUGGAAGCAUACAACGAUGAGGGGGAAACUACCAAGUAUGAGUUCAAGUUGGUCAGUACGAGAGCUGCCAAUGCUUUGUAUCGCUGUAUUACAGAAAUGAAUUCCUUUUUCCGCUGUGAUACUGUCCAUGAUGAGGUCAGCUUACAAGUGAGCCAUGAUCUCAAGGGGAUGCUCGCUUCGAUCUUCAGUGAUAAUACUGCCAGUGGCCAGAAUUAUGUAUUUGAUGUGAAGCAAACCUGUAAAGAAGUGUAUGAUAGCACUCGGAGAAAACUCCUCAAACAGCAACAGGUACCCAUGACACCAGCAGCUAGCCAUGAGGACAUAUUACAGGCAACAGACAACAAGGAAAACUGUGAACAGCAACAAUAUCAGAUGUUGAAGGAGAAAUUGGAGACAAUCCAGGACUCGUUUGUAUGUAAAGUGUGUAUGGACAAUGGGAUCUCUACAGUGCUGUGUCCGUGUGGUCACAUGGUGUGUUGUAAUGACUGUGCAUCUCAGCUGGCGGAGUGCCCGCUGUGCAGGACUUCUAUACAGACUGUGCAACCUGUUUAUCUCCCGACAGCUUUCUCGAUGAAAACGUGACGAUUGUGUCAUGGGGAGAGGGGAGGUUUUAGCUGUCAUGACAAGAAAGACUUGUAAGAAUGCAUUACUGAUGAACAAGAACCAGUAGUUCUGAUUUUCAUGAGAUUGUGACACCAGCAGUUAUCCUGAGUUUUGGAUGGAUACUGUUUAUGAAGGUUGUAUUUGGUCAUGAUGGCUAGACAGAGACGAUUAUCGGGAUUGUGCAUUUGACUUCACAUAAAUCAUGAUCAGUCAUUAACAUUAUUAUAUUUUUACAUGUUGGAACUCUCUUGUCUCAUCAUUAAUUGUCAAAGUUUUGCCAUUGUUCAUCAUCUAGUUCUGCCAGCAAAAGUUUACAAAAAUAUCAAACUUUUCAUGUUUUAAAUAUGUGUGACCCCAGUGUACUUAGAAAGCAAUAACUAACAUACACCAUCUGUUCAUAGAUAUUUACUAUUGAAUGUUUUACAUGGAUAAAUUCUAAAAUAUUGAAAAGUUUCAAAAAACAUCUGUAAAUAUGUUUCCAUUUAUUUAAGUAUACUUCACCUUGACAUUUUUUUCUCAUCCAUGUUUGUCUAAUAUUUAAACAUUGCUUUGAUAAAAAAACAUUUUAUCAUCAAAUUUGUCCUCCAAAAAAAGCAAUUUUGAACAUAUCUGCCCUACAUAGAUGAAAAGUAUCACAAACACAUUAGUAUUGAUGUGAGAAGAUAUAUUUGAUAAUUUGCUAACAUAGACUUUUUGUGUUUUCCAUAGUCACUCCAGUUGUGUUAAGUUCAGAGAGCUGCAUAUUUUGAAACAGGAUUGAUCAGUCUUUUUAAAUUCAAUGAUUUAGUCUUCAUCAGGCUUUCAAGUAUAAAUCGGUAGGUAAUGUUGGUGAACCCUUUUAUCAUUUAAUAAUUUUUGCAGUAGGUUCAUGCUGAGGUCAUUGUUUAUUUUGCAUAGCUCUGCAGCUAUACAGUACGUGUUAUUUACAAUGUAAAUUUUACAUGGCCUUCCUCUUUCUAUGAAUAAAAACAUUCCUGAGAUAUCUAUAAUUGUGACAGCAUUCUGCGAUUUGUUACUUAGGACUUUCUACAACGAGUAGGAUAUUCAAACUGUAUUAAAUGGCAUUUGUUUAAAAUUGAGUAAUUUUAUAAAACACCUGUGAUAUUCGUUUAAAAAUGUUUUAUGUGGUAUAUGCUGUAGUGCUUUUGUUUCAUGAGGUCAUAGUUUUGAUAUUUACACUAUGGGUUAUUCCCCCUGACAGACACUAUCAAAAUUGCAACAAAUUCACAGGGGAUUUGAUAGUUUUUUUUCAUGCCUCAAAAAUAGGUCAUGUCAUGGUAUUCUGAAUGAUAAGGAUAUAAAUUUUCCUGAUGCAACUGGCAAAUUAUCUUGUCUAAGUGAAAACAUUGAUUUUUUGGUAGAAGUACUGAAGUUUUCCUAUUGGUUAAUUAUUUUUGUGCAUUAAUUAUUUAACAUUGUAUCUAAGUAUUUGUUAAUGGAAAGAAAAUCCGUUUUCAGUGCCUUUGAUAAACUUAACGCAAUUUUCCUUUUUCUUAGAAGGCAGUAAGAAAUACAAUUUACAGCAUAUAUCUCGCCUAGAUAUCAAUACCAGCACUUUUGAUCACUGCAGUUUUCUUUUAAUCUGUACUUUUAUGAAGAUUGUAGACUUGUUUGUAUAUACAGUAUAUGUAGUUUGUGGAAUGAAGAAACACUUCCUCCCACAAGAAUGGUCAUAACAGCCCCACUUUUCAUGUCCUAGGACAGGAUAUGACUUUAUUCAUUGAUACAUUUGUACAGUAAAUUUGUGAUAGAAAACUGCCUUGCAUAUAUAUAUGUUUUUGUCAUUUGUUCAUUUUACUUUGUUUAUUGCAACAAUUGUGUGUCAUUUGUACAUAUUACCACUUAUACUUUAUUUUAAUUUCAACUUUUCACCAUUUCAAAAUUUUAUAAAUAAUUAUUUAUUGAAAUCGUAAAAAUGAUAUCAAUGUGCCAUAAAUGUAAAAAAAGACUAUGUAAUAUAAACCAACAAACCGUGUUAUGAUAUACAUUGUGUGUUUGUAUGCACCAUUAAUUCUGAAUUACUGAGAUAAUGCAACACACUGUUGGUAAAAGUUUGUAGAUCUUAACAUUUUAUUUCUACUUCAACUUGUGGGAAAUUAAAGAAUACAUGAACAUGUAGGAUAAUUUCUACAACCACAAAAACCAAGAAUUGAACAUUUGUUGCUACAUGUACUCCAAUAAAGUUAUACUGGACAGAAACGUAUGACAGGGCCUUACAUACAUUAACGUCAAGUAAAAUGGACCAACCAACAAUCUCUUCUUUACGGUGUUGUAAAAAUGAACAUUUCAUUUGCUCAGUGUUGCCAACUUCCUGGAUUCCAUCAUGUCAACCAGAUAUUGGCGACAUCAUGACCUAAAAUCAUUGGAAAUGCUGGAAUUGCCUGAUAUUUCAUUGCUAUUGAUCAGAGAAGUGCAAUUUUAAAAUGAUCAACAAGAUGUUAAAACAUUCUGAACUUCAUCUUAAUACCUACACUACCAAUGAUCCAAACUCCCUUGCUUUUGAAGGUGUUAACCAGAUAACUGAUGGGUGGAGGUUGGCAACACAUGGCUAAAUGAGUUACCAGUAGUGUGUACACACUGAAUUUUAUGUACAAUUUGCCUGAAUACACUGAAUUUUGUGUACAAUUCGCUUAAAUAUGCUGUAUUUUGUGUACAAUUUGCCUAAAUUCACUGUACAGUAUUUUGUGUAUAUUUUUCUUAAAAGUUCAGUUUUUGUGCACAAUUUGCCUAAAUACACUGUAUUUUGUGUACAACUUGCCUAAUUUCACUGUUUUUUUUGUGUAUACUUUGCCUAAAUACCCUGUAUUUUGCUUACAAAUUGCUAAAAUUCACUGUAUUUUGUCUACAAUUUGCCUAAAUUCACUGUAUUUUGUCUACAAUUUGCCUAAGUUUACUGUUUUUUUUGUGUAUAGCUUGCUUAAAUACACUGUAUUUUGUAUACAAUUUGCAUAAGUUGAGGUUAUGGUACAAUCAUCAACUUCACAUGUAGAAUAUAUACACUAAUAUACAAUGUUUAUUUUUCUUAUGCCAUACUGUGGCGUCCGUCUGUCAGUCAACAACUACCUUGUGAACACAAUAUUCGACAGUAACUUACAGAGCUAUUGCCCUUUGUAAUAAUAUUAUUAUUGGACCUUAUGAAUAUGAUAGCUCGAGUGAAUAUCAACCAAAUUUGAUGAAACUUUGUAUACAGCCAUAUAUUGACAAGAUCUUGGACAAGUUCAAAAAUGGAAAUUAUUCGACUAACUUACAGAGUUAUUUCCCUUUGUAAUAAUAUCAUUUUUGGACCUUGUGAACUUUGUAUGUAGCCAUAUAUCGACAAGAUCUUGGAUGAGCUUGAAAAUGGUAGUUAUUCAACAGUAAUAUACAGCGGUAUAGCCUUUUGUAAUAAUAUUAUUAUUAACAUUAAUAACAUUGAUUAGCUCAUCUGGCCCAAAGGGUAAAUCUAUUAAAAAUGCUACUUGUCCUGAAAAAAACUAAAUGGAUUUUGGUGAAAUCUGGUCAGAAGAAUUAUUUGGCAAUGUUGUUUGUUGAACCUGGACACCCUUGGGGCAGGAGAAAGGGGGCCCAAUUAGAGAAAUGUAAAAAAAAAAAAAAUUUUUUUUUAAAAUACUCUUUCUUUUUCAAGAGUGACAGGAUUUAGUCAACCUGUAGUUUAAGCCACUGUUGGGAGAGUCAGUUCAAAAGUAGGAAAAUAUUUAAAUUUAACUUAAAAUCAUAGUAUUUUGCUGUACUUACUGAAAUAUCCAGGCGAGCGAUGCAGGCCCUCUGGGCCUCUUGUUUAAAACUUGAAUCAAACAAAGUAUAAAUACCAAUCUGGGCUCGGUUGUAAUCAGUCAUGGAUGAUGCGACACAAAUUGUUCUUUGAUUUGAUCAUUGCUACCAACACAUACCUUCCUGAGGUUCUAAAUUAUCAUUAACGGAUAGUCAACCAUUUUACAGCAGUUUUGUUUUAUAAAUGAAUUAAAAUACCAAUGAAGUUAUGGAUAUAUUGGAACAGCUUAGUCCUAAUAUAUCAUUUACAGAGCCAUAUUGAUGUGUUACCGAACUCUCAAUAUUUUAAUUGUUGAUCCGUGAUGAAUAAUUUAUUGGUUUUUUGUUGUUAUUUAAUUCACAACUGUUUUUACAUGUCAGUGUGCUUGGUUAAAAGAAACUUUAACAUUAUUUUAUUUGACUAAGCACUAGAUUUCAAAAUGUCAAACUUGACUUGAAUGCAUCUAGCGAAAAAUAAGUGAAAUUUGAAAUUGGUAUUGAUGUUACUUAGACAUAUUGAUAAUAAGAAUUGUAUUUUAUUGUUUGGGAUGUUAAUUCUGAAUUUCUCAUUAGUGACUUCAGAAAAUUGUCAUGUUUAAAUUUACCUAUGUUGACCAAAGUUCAACCACAAAACAUGAAAGAUAGGCUGCUUCUGUAGAUAUUAUUGCAUUUAUUUUUUAAGUGUUUAUUUUCUGACAAUUAUGACACAAUUUUAAAGAGAAAAUAAAAUAUUUCCAGUUUUGAUGCUCUUACCGGUAACAUACAUAUUGAAGAAGUAAACUUACUUCAGUAACUAAUGCCGUCAUUGAAAGUUAAUUAUAUAAACAAAUGUUCAAUGUUUUUUAUUUGUUUGACGGUAAAUUGGACUUAUGUUACGCUUGUGCUAUUUUGAAGAAAAUGCUAAUGUUUUGCACCAUUUCAGUGUCGGAUUCAGGUUUCAGAUGUUUUGAAGUUUAAAAAAAAAGUUGAAAUUAAGAUCAUUCGCAUUUCAUAAUUCGAAAUAUAUAAAUAUUUUUCUUUUUCAAUAUAAUUACUAUCAGAUUUUUAUUAUAGUAUGGGAAGGAAUUUUAUGGUUGACAUGGUCAAAAUACUUAUUAAGCAAGAGUCCAAGGCAGUGACAUUUUGAAUGUAAAAGUUUAUUAUGAACAUUAUAAUCGUGACUUUUCUUGCUAAGCUGUUCAUCAUUCCAUGCCAUAGAAACUCAGUACUACAUAUCAUCAACAAUGUACUUUACAAUUAUGUGUAAUCAUUUACUUAAUUACAUUCCAGCAUUCGUACCAGAUAUAACAAGUUAACUAAAUAAUGUUUGCAUAGUGAUGUGUGUUCUGUACUCUGAAUAGUAAAUUCAGACAAAUAACUGUACGAAAAAAAAUGCCUAUGUUUCAAUUUAAUUCAUUUGUUCAGAUAGAAACAGGGUAAUGAGCCUCUCUAUUACACAAUAUGCUAUGCUAAUUUAAAUGUCCUGAACAGGGGAAAACUAAUGUAGACUUUAAUUUCUUGUGAGAACAACCAGAUACUUAAAAUAACUGUUAAAUUGUUUAGGAAAUCAUCUGUUUGAAGGGCUAAUCUUAUCCAUUUUUGAGGAUAUUGAUCUUGUUUAUCUGUAAACAGAAUAUUUUAAUCUAAAAAGCAUUGAGAUAUCUGUAAUUUUAAGAAAGACAAUCAUAUCCAAAGGGGUUUUUAUUGAGAUGUGGUUCAUUUAUUGGUGUUAAUUCGAAUAAAUUAAACUAGACAGAAAUGAGGUGCUAUUUGUACUGUGUAAUAUUUGUCUGUUUUGUGAAGCAGUCAUUCUGUGAGGUGUUACAGAAUACUGAUAGUUGAUGUAUAAUAGCAUCAGCUAUUGAAGGUGAAGUUGUUUUCAGGGACACAAGUUAUAUGUUAAUAAGAAAGAGAAAUGUUGAAAUGUGAUGUGUUAAUUUAUCUUUUUUAAGAAAUCAUUGUUGAGUAGAUGUUUGUCUUUCACUUCUUAUUGAAGUAUUUGGUGAACAUAGUAAGAAAUGUAGAUAAUUUAAAAACGAGAAAAAAGACAAAAAAUAAAACAUAACAAUAUA